GGGAGGGAGGGGAGGAGCCUGGGCGCUGAGAAAGUUUAUGGGGAAAGUUGAGCCGAGCGAGGAACCGGGCGGUGGCUGGAGCAGGCGGGAGGGCCAGACCCCGAUUUCCCUGCUGCUCCUCAGGUGGCCUGACGCUGACAGAGGCAAAAAUCUGCUAACUCAGGGGGCAGACUCAACCGGGGCUGCGAGCAGACCUGGGGAAUGAACCCCCGAACUCGAACCGGCGCCUUCCGCGGCUGCACGGCUGUCUCAAGCUGUCUCUGCCUCUGUGCCUGGCCCUUGCCCUGUCCCUCUCUAGUGUCACCCUUCCCUGUGCCACAUGGGCCCUCUGUCUCCUACCAGGACCAUGCGCCUCUGGGGGCCUCGGAGCCUGGGAGUGGCUCUGGGAGUCUUCAUGACCAUCGGAUUUGCCCUCCAGCUCUGGGGGGGUCCCUUCCAGAGGAGGCUACCUGGGCUGCAGCUCCGACAGUCCUGGGCCUCAACCCCAAGACCAGCUGUUCCAUCCUGCCUGCCACGGCAGCGACUCGUGUUCCUGAAGACGCAUAAAUCCGGGAGCAGCUCUGUGCUGAGUCUACUUCACCGCUACGGGGACCGACACGGGCUGCGCUUCGCCCUCCCCGCCCGCUACCAGUUCGGCUACCCAAAGCUUUUCCAGGCCUCUCGGGUCAAAGGCUACCGCCCUCAGGGUGGAGGCACCCAGCCCCCCUUCCACAUCCUCUGUCAUCACAUGAGGUUCAACCUGAAAGAGGUCCAUCUGAUGCCGCAGACCGUUCUCUGCACUGUUCCCCUAUGCCUUCAAAGAGACAUACAGCUCACAGGCUCGCCCUGCAGGCAAGCCCACAUCGGCAGAGCAGACUGGAAGACUCGUCAGGGAGUCAGGUUCAAUGACAGAGGUCAUGUUCAGAGGCGGAAACCCUUCAAGGAGCCCCAGAGCUGGGUUCUGGCAUGGAUCUGCCUGCAGGACCACGCCAGGGUACUUCACGUCAUGCCUUCUGACAGCUUCUUCUUUUCCAUUGUCCGAGACCCAGCGGCUCUGGCCCGCUCUGCCUUCUCCUACUAUAAAUCCACAUCAUCGGCUUUCCGCAAAUCACCAUCCUUGGCUGCCUUCCUGGACAAUCCCCGAGCCUUCUACCAGCCCGGGGCCCGUGGGGACCACUAUGCACGCAACUUGCUAUGGUUUGACUUUGGCCUCCCCUUUCCCCCAGAGAUGAGGACCAAGAGAGGGAAUCCUCAUCCCCCCAGAGAUCCCAACCCGCCACAGCUGCCUUCUGGUGUUGGCGCGCGAGCCCACACCUUGGAUCCCAAUGCUCUCUUCCAUCCCGUUCCCACUGUUGCUGAUGGUCACAGCCAGACGUCCAGCUCUGCCUCUUUAGAUUUGGGGUCUUCAUCCUUCAUCCAGUGGAAUCUGGCCUGGCUGGACUCUGUCUUUGACCUGGUCUUGGUGGCCGAGUACUUUGACGAGUCAUUGGUCCUGCUGGCCGAUGCCCUGUGCUGGGGUCUAGAUGAUGUGGUGGGCUUCAUGCACAACGCUCAGGCUGGAGGUGGGCAGGGCGGAAGUGCUGUCGGCGAUGGGGGACUGACUGCUGAGGACAGGCAGCUGUCUGCACGGGCCCGAGCCUGGAACAACCUGGACUGGGCUCUCUAUGUUCACUUCAACCGCAGCCUGUGGGCCCGGAUAAAGCAAUACGGCCAGAGCCGGCUGGACAGUGCUGUGGCGGCGCUCCGGGCUCGCCGAGAGGCCCUGGCUAAACACUGUCUGGUGGGGGGAGAGGCUUUAGACCCCAAGUACAUCACUGACCGGCGGUUCCGCCCUUUCCAGUUUGGGUCAGGUAAGGUUUUGGGUUACGUGCUUCGGAGUGGCCUGAGCCUCCAAGACCAGGAGGAGUGUGGGCGCCUGGCUACCCCUGAGCUACAGUACAAGGACAAGCUAGAUGCCAAGCAGUUCCCCCCAGCAGUCUCUGUGCCCCUCAAGACUUCAAGGCUACCCUCCCCCUAGGCAUCAGACCACUGAGUCUUAGGCUGAAAAGCAGCUGAGCCACAGGGGCACGGUGAUGAGUGUGGGGCAGCCAGAUGCCCUUUCUGCUUCCCCCAGAGACCAUGUCUGCUCCCCAAAGGACCAGUGGAACUUUGCACGGAUGUGGGCCCCACGUCCUCCAGCCUGUGCCGAGGAAUCCUAGUCCUAGAAGCAUCCUCCUCCCAUCUUGCCCCUUACCCUUUCCAGCACCUCGCCCCCCCCCACCCCAGGUCCAAACAGCACUCUCAAAGCCCCCCUGGAGGAGCAAACCAUGGAGUACGGCAGAGAUUGUUUGGGACACAAGGGAUCGGAAUAAUGCGUCCACCUCUCUAUGAAAUAUUUGUUACUGGGCUAUACUCAUUUCACUAUGAAAUGUUUGUUGAAUGAAUAAAUAAUUUGAAACUUU